AUGCGUAGUAGUGCUUCAAAUUCUAUGCAACAACCACAAAUACAAAUGCCAGCUUAUCAAGAUCAAUGUACUGGUUAUUAUGAACACAAUAUAUCUAUUUCUUGAUUUGCUUUUGUAUAUAAUCAAAUUUAAAUCUUCAUUGGCGUAUUUAGAUCAUUGGUAACAAGCACCACCA